UUUAGGGUUCUUGCUCUCUCCCUCUGUUGCGGUCGUGCGCUACUUUCUUUUGGCUUGCGCAGGAUUUCACUCUUUCGUCUGUUCCUUUCCAGGAUUUUUCAAGAUGGUUCUCCAAAACGAUAUUGAUUUGCUGAAUCCUCCUGCUGAGCUAGAGAAGAGGAAGCACAAGCUCAAGCGCCUUGUGCAAUCACCCAACUCCUUCUUCAUGGACGUUAAGUGCCAGGGAUGCUUCAACAUUACCACUGUCUUCAGCCACUCACAAACUGUUGUGGUAUGCGGUAACUGCCAGACAGUCUUAUGCCAGCCAACUGGUGGGCGCGCUAGACUCACCGAGGGAUGUUCGUUCAGGAGAAAGGGUGAUUGAAGAUGCGGGUCCUUGUUUCUUUUCACUGGGAUGAAAUGACAGUCUCUGUUUUGAUCAUGGUAUAUUUAUUUUUCGUGUACGGUACCAGACUUGAUUAUGCUCUCUCCUAAAUUGAUUAUAUUUGGCUUUAGAGAUUUCUGGUUUUGUUUAAAAGAUGAAUUUCAUGUACUGAACUUUUAGCAGCAUUUAGUAAUUCUUAGCUUUCUUUUAUCUACCCCCAUACUUUGUCAAAUUUGAGUGGAAUAGUUUUGCUUCA